UUCUGUUCAAAGUCACUCAAGUGCAACAGUAUGAGCAUAACCUGCCAUAUGCCAGAGCUUUCGAGGAUCAGGCAAAAGGGAAAUACCACUUUCACACAGUUCCUCCAAUAUAUGUGUUAAGCAAUAUCCAAAUACAGUAGCUACAGGCAGUGGCAGAUGAAGUACACCUGCAGAUAGAGAUCUUCCCUUAACGCCUCAGUACCUGAUGCUAAGCUUCAAUAUGAACCCAUUCUCGGAUCAGUUUCUCUCACUCUCUCAUCUGUGAACUCUCUUAAUUGUUACAGAUUUGGAUGAAAAUUACAUUAUAAAGAAAGCUCCAUGGAAGGAAACUAUCUGAACAGAAAUAGUACUACUACUCCACAGAGAGAAGAUAGCUUUGGCUUUGAGGAGCAUACAUGGGGAAAUUCAUGGCCUGCUAGAAACUAUGCUUGUAGCUUUUGCAAGAGAGAGUUUAGGUCUGCUCAAGCAUUGGGGGGACACAUGAAUGUUCACAGAAGGGAUAGGGCUAGAUUGAGAUCAUCCUUGUCUUCAUGGGUUUCUGAAUGCCCUAAACCUAACCCUAGCACUAAACCUAAUAACCCAACUCUUCUUCCAACAUCUUCUUCACCAUCUCCUUUAUCUGAUCAGUCUUUGAACUGUCCACAUCCUUCUCCACUUUGCACUCCUUGUCUCACUUUGUCUUCUGCACCACCCUUCCCAGGUUCUACCAGUGGAGACAAGAAACCAAGACUCACACCUUCUCAUUCUCAGUCUCCUCUUUUGAGUCCUCAAAGCUGCGAAAUUAAGAUGAUGUUGAUGACAAGUAGCAACACAAGGAAUGAUGAGGAAAUGAAGGGCUGUGUGGAGGAGGAGGAGGAGCACAAGGGUUUCAAGGACAAUGAGCAAAACAUUACUUUGGAAUUAGGAAUAGGGUUGAUUAAACACCAAGAGGAGAAGUUAGACUUGGAGCUUCGACUUGGGCAUUUCUAGCCAGGUGCAAUUUUACCAAACUGAUCAAUGUAUGCCCAACAUUUCAAGUAAUUUGCAACUUCAAAUUUGUUUAAAUUUCUUGCACCAGUAAUUCAGGAAUCUAUUCAAGCUGCAGUUUUACAUUGUAUGUGUUAAUUCUACUUUUCAAGUUCUUAAUCA